AUGCCUCCCGCAAGGUUUGCGGCGCCUCAUCGAGAUGAUCUUGACGAAACAUGGACAUUUCUCGAGCAGGGAAUCGAGAGGGUGAUGACCGACCUGAAUAGUGGUAUCGACAUGGCUUCUAUUAACUUAGUAUACAGUGCUGUCCAUAAUUUCUGUACCUCACAAAAAGCAUUCACAAGCCACUCCUCUUCUUCGCAUGGCACGCGAGGCGCCCAUUUACUUGGUGAGGAGCUUUACAACCUUCUCGGGCAUUACCUCUCCCGCCACCUCGAAGGGGUCUAUAAAGCUUCCCUCAGUCACUCUGAUGAACCCCUCCUUUCGUUCUAUAUCAGAGAAUGGACCCGCUAUACUACCGCCGCCAAAUACAUCAACCAUCUUUUCAGAUACCUAAACCGCCACUGGGUAAAGCGAGAAGUUGACGAGGGUAAGAAAGAUAUCUACGAUGUGUACACUCUACACCUCGUCAGAUGGAAGGAGGACUUCUUCAGACUUGUCCACGAGAACGUUAUGGGUGCUGUUCUGGGUCUCAUCGAGAAGCAGCGGAAUGGCGAAACUAUUGAACAGUCCCAGAUCAAGCAUAUCGUUGACUCUUUCGUCUCUCUCGGCCUAGAUGAGAACGAUACUUCCAAGCCAACUCUGGUUGUUUACCAGUACUACUUUGAAAAGCCAUUCAUCGAGGCCACCAGGGCCUACUACGAUAGGGAAUCUAAGCGAUUCGUCGCUGAAAACAGUGUCGUCGAAUACAUGAAGAAAGCAGAGCUUCGAUUAGAGGAAGAGCGCGCUCGCAUCGACCUGUACCUUCACCCAGAUGUCACUAAGAAUCUGACAGAAACUUGUUUGGAUGUUUUAGUUACUUCGCAUUGUAACCUCUUGCGAGACGAAUUCCAGCCCCUCCUGGACGCGGAACGACAGGAUGACCUUGCUAGAAUGUAUCGAUUACUGUCGAAGAUAAAGGACGGCCUCGAUCCGCUAAGAAACAGGUUCGAAACUCACGUGAGGAAGGCUGGGCUGUCUGCAAUUGCAAAGGUAGCUUCAGGGAGUGAGGGUGUUGAUCCGAAGGUCUAUGUCGACUCCCUUCUACAGGUACACGGAAAGUAUAGAUCAAUGGUAGACGAAGCCUUUGCCGGUGAAACAGAAUUCGUUCGGUCUUUGGAUAACGCCUGCCGCGAAUUCGUCAACCGUAACGCCCUCUGCACCACUAGCUCGACCAAAUCCCCAGAACUGUUGGCCAGAUAUACCGACUCUCUGCUCAAAAAGGGCGCCAAGUCCUCCGAGGAAUCAGAGCUCGAAGAGCUUCUCGUCCAGAUCAUGACCGUUUUUAAAUACAUCGAAGACAAGGACGUCUUCCAAAAGUUCUACUCCCGAAUGCUUGCCAAGCGACUUGUUCACGUCAGUUCAGUAUCCGACGAUGCCGAGACCAGCAUGAUUAGCAAAUUGAAGGAAGCUUGCGGUUUCGAGUACACCAACAAGCUCCAACGAAUGUUCCAGGAUAUCCAGAUCUCAAAGGAUCUUAAUGCCAACUACCGCGAGUGGCAGGAGAAGACUUUUGAUGAGGAAGACCGCAAGAAAAUGGUCGACCCACACUUCCAGGUUCUUGGUACCGGCUUCUGGCCUCUCAACCCUCCGUCAACGCAAUUCAUCCCUCCCCAGGUCAUCAACAAGACCGUCGAACGCUUCAAGUCGUUCUACUUCGAUAAGCAUAGUGGCCGCGAAAUCAAAGCCAACUACGUCAAGAAUACAAAGGUCCCUUAUACAUUCCAGGUAUCCACCUAUCAAAUGGGCAUACUUCUCCUAUAUAAUGACAAUGAUAGCCUUGAGUACUCUGAGAUUGAGAAGGCCACGGCUCUCUCCUCGGACAUCCUAGACCCCAACCUUGGCAUCUUUGUCAAGGCUAAAGUCCUCAUUCCCUCCCCGGAGAAUGCGAAGCCAGGCCCAGGAACUUCAUACGUACUAAACUACCAUUUCAAAGCAAAGAAAAUCAAGGUUAAUUUGAACAUUCAAGUCAAAUCCGAACAAAAGCAUGAGGCCGAGGACACACACAAGACUGUUGAAGAAGACAGAAAAUUGGUUCUCCAGUCUGCCAUUGUACGUAUCAUGAAAUCCCGCAAACGCAUGAAGCACGUCCAGCUUGUUCAAGAGGUCAUCCAGCAAGUCAGCGCCCGCUUCCCACCCAAAAUCUCAGACAUCAAGAAAAACAUUGAAGGCCUGAUGGAGAAGGAAUACAUUGAACGCAUGGAUGGUGAUGAAAUAUCUUAUAUUGCUUAA